AUGGAGACAAUUAGAGGUUCAUCAUUUAAUCAACAAGAAAAUGAGUUCUUAUAUUGUGUGUAUUUAGAAAUAUCACAACAUUCAAUUGGCAGCAAUAAUCAAUCUUUAAGAAAAAUUUAG